GGGAGGAACUUUUCUAAGUGAUUGUGUAUUUUACUGUUAUAUUUUUUCCUUAAAAAAAAUCUUUAUCUUUAUUUUCAACGAAUUUAUAUUAAACUGUGAAUUUGGGUUGCGAGCCCAGAUCAAAAAUAAAUAUAGUUAUAUCGUUAUAAAAAUAAUUAGGAUAUGAAAGUUUGCGGAGAAGAGUAGAGCAAGAAACGGCAGUAAAAUCCCAGCUGCUCCGAUAUCACUGAUGGGGGAAAACAAAGAAAGAAUUCGCAGAUUAAAGGAAAUAAGAAAUCAAUAAAAUAGGCUAGACCAAAUAAAAUGGUAAUCAUCUAUUAAAAAUUGAUGUAAAUGUGAAACGCGAUAAAGUUCAUGCUAUACCCAGCUACCCUGAGUGUCCCAAAAAAGGAUUAAUGGCACAUAUGUUAACACGUGUAUAUAGAUAAGACAGACAUAUAAUUUGCCAGUGUAAAGUGUUCAAAUUGUUAAAGGCGGUUGAAAAAAUAUUACAUUGCAUUCUCGUCGACCCCACUGACACUUUCUUCAAUGUCGUCUCCUAAUCAAUCUUUGGUAAAUAUAGAAAAUGUCGAUUUAAUCAGCACAUUAUCUGAAGAUGAAGCUGUUGCUGCAGCAGCAGCUGCGGCUGUAUCAGUCGCGCCGGGAUCAGGCGCCUCUGUAUGUCCAAUGAAUGGAACACAGCUUGUAACACAAGUUGAGAUAAAUACAAUCGGACUGAACAAAACAAAGAAGAAAAAGAAAAAAUCAAGGAAAAAGUCACGGAGAGAGCAUAUAUUGUUAUCAGUCGACGAUGAUUCGGAUGAUGAUGAAGACGUUGAUGUCUAUGACGUAGACGUAAACGGCGGAAAGACCAACGGUCAUAUUACUGAUAUUGGUAGCAAUUUUACCAAUUUAUACAGCGAUGUGGAUGAAAAUGAUAAAGUAGUUACCAUAGGUAACGGCACUGCUACCGAUGAGAGUGAAUUUUUCAACUCGCUCAACGGACAGUCGCAUCAUAUUCACCAAUCAAAACAACAACAACAGCAUAUAACGCAAAAACUUUUGUUUUUAGAAGAAAACCCAGCACACAAUAAUAGCAACACCAGCAAUUUCUUUUCGCUCUCAUCCAAUACAUCGCCAGUUUCAAAUAAUGGACUAGUUGUUACCACUACAGCUCAGCAUCAGCGUGCUAGUAGUAGUGGUAGUCAAAAUGGUAUAUUCAGUAGUAGCAGCAGUACAAGUAGCGUGAGCGGGAGUAAUAAUAUUGCUCACAGUUCCCCACAAUAUGGCAGUGGAGAAACAUCUCCAACACAUCAAGCUGAUGUAAAUCGGCGUGUAUCGCCAUUGUUGUCGCCAUCAUUAUCUUCAGUGACAGCGACAUCGCAUAAUUUUCAAACGAAAAGUAAUCAGCUGGUAUCGUCGACUCUACAUCGUCAUUACGACAGCGCAGACGACGGUGACGAGAUCUGUCUGGUGCCAGAGGUAGACUACGAGGGCGCUUCCAUAAUGGAUGCAGGAAGUGAUAAUCGAGAAUCACAGCCAUUGCUCGGUGGACAUGGAUACAGUAGCAGUAGCGGAGGUCGCGAUCGCAAUGAACUGACGGUCAAUACCUUUAUGGAUGAUCCCGCAUUCAAUGAAGUGGUAUUGCAAGUUGAAACGGCCAUUACAGCCGGUGUUAUGCCAGAGCGCAUCUAUCAGGGCAGUAGUGGGUCGUAUUUUGUAAAGAACGCAGAAGGUAAAAUCUUAGGUGUUUUCAAACCGAAGGAUGAGGAGCCCUACGGACGAUUAAAUCCGAAAUGGACCAAAUGGAUGCAUAAGUUGUGUUGUCCCUGCUGCUUUGGACGCGCCUGUCUGAUACCGAAUCAAGGCUACUUAUCAGAGGCUGGUGCCAGCUUGGUAGAUCGUAAAUUGCAUCUAAAUAUUGUACCAAAGACCCGUGUUGUACGGCUGGUGGCCGAAACUUUCAACUACGCACGCAUAGAUCGACAAAAGGCAAAAUUGAAGCGACGCAUCAAAGAACACUAUCCUUCGGCGCAUUUCAAUCGUAUGAGUCUGCCACUUAAGACUGGUUCCUUUCAGCUGUUCGUUGAAGGUUAUAAGGAUGCCGAUUUUUGGUUACGUCGCUUCGAACAAGAGCCACUCACCGCAAAACUCGCCAACUCCUUUCAGCUUCAAUUUGAACGUCUCGUUGUACUCGAUUACAUUAUACGCAAUACGGAUCGUGGCAAUGAUAAUUGGUUAAUACGCUAUGUACGACCUACAGGCACUCCAAAGAUUUCCGCUAACGGCGGUGGGUUGCGUGAGAAAUCCAUCGACGUGUCCGAACAAACACCACAGAAACAGGAAGGCGAACAGACGCCUCAAAAUGCUAACAAUCUGGAUGUCAAUAAAUUAGACUCAACGGCACAAAAGCAAGAUUCCGAGCCUGCCACUCCUAAUUUCGACACAGCCAGUGCAAAUAAACCGACUACUAGUCAAUCAGGUGAUGCGACAACAGAAGGCGCGAUUACUAUUGCGGCAAUCGAUAAUGGGCUGGCUUUCCCAUUCAAACACCCCGAUUCGUGGCGUGCCUAUCCGUAUCACUGGGCAUGGUUGCCACAAGCGAAAGUGCCAUUUAGUGAAGAGACGAAAAACCACGUGCUGCCAUUGUUGUCCGAUAUGAAUUAUGUCGAGGAAAUUUGUACAGAAUUAUUUUAUUUAUUUCAGCAAGAUAAAGGUUUUGACAAGCGUCUCUUCGAACGUCAAAUGUCUGUGAUGCGUGGUCAGAUAUUAAAUUUAACUCAAGCGCUUAAGGAUGGUAAAUCGCCAGUGCAGUUGGUGCAAAUGCCAGCAGUAGUGGUGGAAAGAUCUCGAGGUCAAAAUAGUCGGUUCUUUUCAUUCACGCAACGCUUUCAAAAUAAGAGUCCUUUCUUCUCAUGGUGCUAACAUGAGCGUAACAGCAGCAAAUCACGCACUCAUUUUAAAAGUAAUCGAAACAAUGAAAAAAUGGAUUAAACUUGCAAAACGGUUCAAAAGUUGCCGGCUUAAAAUCGAAAUAACAACUGUAAAUGGUUGAAUUAUUUCACUAUGUGUGUCUGAAUAAUCGAGGACUGACUGUGUUCUUACUCACUAGCUGCUUUGGCAUUUAGUGAUACUUUUGAUAUCCUUACACACAUAUAGCUCUUUGAAGUACAUACCCACGUAUUUGCUGUUUUUUUUUUUUUUUAGUUCUAAUCUUGUACAUACAUACAUAUAUACUAAAUAUGAGAAUAUGUGUAAAACGAAGUACUAUUUUUAUGAAAAUUUUUGUAUAUUUUCAUAUUUACUUAAUUUUAAUUUGAAAUUGUUAUAACUUUAGCUGAAAGAAGUUAGGAUGUACAUUGCAUAAUGUUAUUUACUUAUUAAACAAAGAAAAGCUUUCGUUUAUUCAUAUAUAAAUAGAUAAUAUACAUACACACAUAAAUACUUACUGUGUACGCAUAAAUUCAUGCGGCCAUAUUAUGUAAUUCCUUGUGCUAUUUUCACUUUAAAGUGUAUUUUCCUCAAAAUCCCUUUUGAAGUGAAUUCAUUUGCAACGAAAACUAUAAUAUGUCUGCUUGUUUUAUGCAUUGCCAUUCCAAUAGUAAUAAAAAUCAAAGUUUAAAGCAGGUAUUGCAAAAAUUUUAUUUUAUGUAAAAAGAAAUAAAUAUUUGCUUGAAAUGUCGUGAUUCCUCUUAGUUAUCAACGGAAACUGGCGUCCUUCUAUGAUUUAGAGACGCUAAAGUCUAUGAAUUAUAAUCUAUCAAUCGCACUCCUUCAUAUCCAUCAUUUCAUAGUACGAACUGACAUACAGAGAUACAUAUAUAUAUACAUAUAUAAAUAAAUUUAAUAAUAUUAUAUACAGUAAUUUGAUUGUUAAGUGAAACAAUUUAAUCUAUUCAAUGAUGUAAUCGAGUACACCGAUACGUUUACGAUGUUUAACGCUGCAGUUGAAGAUAAUGAACUUAGGUAGGACAAAAUACUUAUUUAUAUAAAUAUAAACAAAAAUGUAUAAGUUUAUUUAGCACUCUGUGCAAAUAAAAAAAAUUUAAAUGAAAUCAUUAUAAACCACAAAGCAUCCACUCACGCACCUCUACUACUAGCACAUAUAGAAAUGGAUUUUGUUUUUCUUUUUUGUAAUAUAAUCCCAAUUCAUUCACAACACGUCUACUUAUUAGCUGUACUGUAUGCAUGUGUACAAAUACGUGUCGUUUAACUUAAGCCGUUAAGGAAUUUAUAUAAAAUGAGGAAAGAAGUUAAUUUGAAUUGUCAACAACAUAAAUUAGCCUUGAGAAACACCUAAAUACAUUUACACUUUGCCUGAUUUUAUGUGUGAGCAUGUCCAUCUAUAUAAAUGAACAAGUAUAAUUAAAUCGAAACCGAUAAA